AUGAGCGAUUUGGACGAUUCAGAUUAUGUCUUCAUCCGUUACAUUGGACCAACAACGGCACCGGGCACACCGUGGAUCCGUUUCAACACAGUAACGAAGGUGUAUCGCACAUCGACAAUAAAGGUUUUCGCUGAAAAGUUCGAGAAGAUUGGCGGCUCAUACUACAGGCUUCACACCUAUGAACUAAGCGAUACCGUCACAGAAGCCUUGCCAAUACUCUCACGUUCACCUCGGUUUGAUAUCAAGACCAUUCAUGGAGAAUUCACAGACGCUUACGAACGCGCAGUAAUUGCUCUGUUCGGGUCAUCAUUGGUCCUUAACAAGGCUCCGGGUGGACGUUAG